CUCGUCGUUUCACACUCGGUCACACUUAAAUACCGAAAGUUCCGUUGUUUUUUAGGGCGUUUUUGCCAUCUUGCUUCUUUGUGGUUGUUUGCCUAUCUACAUUUUGCCGUUUUUUGUAAAUGUGAGUGUACCAAAUUUCAGUAACACAAUUUAACAUUUAGGCGUUAUGGUGAAUCUUGUGCACGAAUUAAAAAUGAAAUGUUUGUCUUGUCACCCUGUCGCCUAGCCCAUUGACAAGUUGCACACAAAUAGCUUCAAAUAGCGCAGCUCCGCUACUUCGUUUGUCCUUUGUUGAUAGUAUCGCGCACCGAGAGACGAAACCCAAAGAAAAGAAAAGAGAAUCGAAGAAAAGAAAGAAAACUUGCAUUCCGUUGAAGAGGCAUUCGACACUGAGCAGCUAGCGAGCAUGUUCAGUAUAAGCGAGCUGUGCUGCAUGUUCUGCUGCCCACCAUGCCCCGGCCCCAUUGCGGCCAAACUGGCCUUCCAGCCACCGGAGCCCACGUACAAGCUGACUCCGGCGGACGACACGAACAUUAGGUACAACCUGCAGCUCUUUGACCGCGCCGAGUGGCAGUAUUCCGAGCGGGAGAAAUCGAAAGUAGAGGCCUUCUUUACGCGCACGUCGCGUGGCAACCUGAUUACCUGCAUCUAUGUCAGGUGCAGCAAGAAUGCCAAGUACACGCUGCUCUUCUCCCACGGGAACGCCGUGGACCUUGGACAGAUGAGUAGCUUCUACCUAACCCUCGGCUCGCAGAUCAACUGCAAUAUCUUUGGCUACGACUACUCCGGCUACGGCAUGAGUGGCGGGAAGCCGUCCGAGAAGAAUCUCUAUGCAGACAUAGAGGCGGCCUGGCAGGCGAUGCGAACUCGGUUCAACAUCAGCCCGGAGACAAUAAUCCUGUAUGGUCAAAGCAUUGGCACCGUGCCGACUGUUGAUCUGGCUUCGCGUCACGAAGUCGGAGCUGUGAUACUCCACUCGCCACUGAUGUCGGGCCUGAGAGUCGUGUUUAGAAACACAAAGAGAACCUGGUUCUUCGACGCCUUCCCCAGCAUUGAUAAGGUGGCUAAGGUGAAGGCUCCGGUUCUGGUUAUUCACGGAACCGAUGACGAGGUCAUCGACUUUUCCCAUGGCAUCGGAAUCUACGAGCGGUGUCCUAAGACAGUGGAGCCGUUCUGGGUGGAGGGCGCCGGACAUAACGAUGUUGAACUGCAUCCGCAUUAUUACGAGCGACUUCGCAAAUUCCUGUCGGUGGAGCUCGUCAAAUGACAAUUAAAGAAUAAUGUCGAUGGAGGCGUUAGCGACACUACUUCCGGUGUAAUAACCAAUUCGAACCCUGCCGCAGCUAGUGUGUCCCUAAGUUCAAAGCAUCCAAAUCCUGCAGCGGCUGCAAGCGGAGGCGGAGGCGAGACAAGUAAAAAAAAUGUGGAAGCAAAUAACAAACGGAUUGAAAACGAUGGUUUGUAAAUGAAACAUAUAUUAUCUAGCAGCUCACAUCAAUACAUACAUUCGAGAAUUGCAUUUUAACAAAGAUUAUACACAUAAAUAUAUAUAUAUAUAUAUGAAUACAUAUAUAUAACAGUUAGUUGUGAGGAGGUUUGUACCAAGAUCCCCAUAUAUAUAUUUACAGCAUUGUGAUCCUGGUCCCCGUAUUAAUUCAAUAAGCCUAGGUCAUAUCAUCUAACUUAAACUUGUAAAUGAUAUUUCAUAACAUAAUAUUCGGUAGAAAAAAUCAAAACAAGUAACAAAAACAAACUACAUUCGGUUUGAAAAUGAAUAUUCAGCAAUACGCUUCAUCAGUAAUAUGGUUUUAAUAUGUAAGGACAAAAAGUUUGAAUAAAGCAAUCUUUUGAUACUUUGAAA